GAUCGUCAAGUGGCAGGUAGAUGCAGUGAAAAAGGUGUUGCUGAUACGCCCUGGGCAGCUUGUCUCGUUGCUGAAGAAGGAGAUGUGUGCCCACACAAUUUUAAGAAACUCGAAGAUGACUUUGCCUGUGAGCCAUACGGUUCAAGAAGGCCGCCUUAUAAAAAGAGAGUAUGUUGUCUCUUGGGACCUAUUUUAGACUUACAGGUACGUGCCGCUUUCGUCAUUAUUAUUCAUUCAAAUUGAAGGCGGCAGAAACAAUUCUUCGUUUCUCAUCACCUUAAGUUCCCUGGUAUAUUUUUGGCAACAAGCUAACACUGAUCAUUGAUUUGAAAUAUUUCCGUCAAUCAUGAUCCUUUAAUAGCGGAGGAACAUAUAUUGGGUAAAUGUAGCAAAUAAUGUCAGCCCUAACCCUGAAUCUUUUUCAUCGAGAUCCAGAGCUCACCAUUCUUAUUACAGAAAAUGAAUCGAAAUAUAAUUUCUCCAGAGAAGAUGAUAGUGGUUUUUCUUUUUAGGAGAGACUCAUGUUCAAUUAAUCUCGCUUUCUACAUGUACGCCAUUGUUCUAAAAAAGCAGCGUUCUGAGAGUUUCCAUGGGCAAAUCUGCUGAUCAUUGGGACUUAGUUUAUGGAAUUGAACCUCCUUUUUUCGAAAUAACAUUAAUUUGGGACGAUUAAAACCACAAGUAAGAGUGUCACCGAAACAUUUGUUUCUGGAAGGUCCCUUAUCAUUCUCCUUUUCUUGCUGAUUUUUCUUAACUCUCUUGCAGAUUAAAGAUUCGCCAUGUUUGGCGGGAUCUCCAGCUGGCGACCAAGUGGAAAAGAAAGAUAAACGUUUAAAACACCACUGA